ACGCUGACUGUCAAACUUAUAUUUCUUCUACUCGUGGUUCCCAGAGAAAAUGGCAGCCCACAAAUCUUUUCGCAUUAAGCGUGUUUUAGCUAAAAAGCUCAAGCAAAAUUGCUCGAUUCCACAAUGGAUUCGUAUGCGAACUGGAAACAAGAUCAGAUACAACGCUAAGAGACGUCACUGGCGUCGUACAAAGUUGAAGUUGUAAAUGCACAUCCAAACACCAUGCAGCCAACAAUCGUUGGAUUUAUCGAAGCCUCGAUAUAUGUUUAUGCUGUCUCUGAUUUUAUUUACUUUGUAUAAGACCGAAUAUCGGUACUACACAAUGCUUUGAAUAAAACAAACAACAUUUUGGAAUGAAACAACUUCAUUUAACAAUAAAAAAAACAA